AUGGGAUUAGGAAGCGAUGAUGAUCAUAUGAACGUGCUGAGUUUUGCAGAUGUGUCUUCGCACAAUGAUUCCAAAGAUUGCUGGCUCAUCAUCAAUUCAAGGGUGUACGAUGUGACAAAGUUUUUAGUGGACCAUCCUGGUGGUGAGGAGGUUUUGUUGGAGGCAGCAGGGAAGGAUGCAAGUGAAGGGUUUGAGGAAGCCGGGCAUGGCAGUGCAGCCAGACUCAUGUUAGACGAGUUCUACGUCGGAGAAGUAGAUCCAUCAGUAGUAACCGCCUCCACCACGGCCACUUUUUCUUCAAUACAUGAUCUUCACUCCCCAUCAUCAUCAUCAUCGACUGGGACAUCAACGAUAACAAUGAUGCUUUUGGCUUUAAGUUUGGGAUUCUUUGCCAUUUUGAGCAAUGUUAACAGUAGUAAGCUCAUUGAGAUGGUUAGUGUCGACGAGAUCAGAGACGCCCUUUUUAGCAUGAAAGGUGACAAAAGCCCUGGCAUGAUGGAUUCAACGUCACUUUCUUCAAGGCCAACUGGAACAUUGUCAGACUAG